ACAGUGCAAUAUGGCUACUAUGCUGUUCCGAAAUACGAUGCUAUAGCAGUGCUGGCAGUAAUGCAGUAAUAUUGGAACAGUUGUGACAGUGUACUGUCAUGACGUCACAUUUACUGCACUGCCAGUAAAAACGGAACACAGCCUCUGCAGGGGUGCGUUCCGUAUGUCGGGAUGUUCGUUCGGACGAGGUGUGAUGUCACACACUGAGGUUGUCCAAGGUUGUCCCGUGAAACAGAACGAUUUUUGGACGCACUUGGACGUUUUAUAUAAUACAAAAAACAUGGAAUACACACUAAUAACUGAGCCUAACGGAAAUAUUAUAACAGAUUCAUCAGGAAAUAUCUUAAUUAAUCAAAAACCUGAGAAUAUAUUAAUGUAUAUUAAUUCUUCCCAAGCUGCUUCAUUAUUUCCAAAUAAAGGAAUUCAAACUCAAGGUGCUCAAACCGAGGUCUUGCAAUCUGACUUUACAGAUAGUGAACAAGAAAAUUUGAUUCCAAGCAGAACUUCUUGGAAUCGAAAUGAAAUUAUUGAGCUAAUAGACUUAUAUAAGUCUCAUGAGCGCUUAUUUAAAAGCACGACAAUAAAAAAGGAUAAAGUGUGGGAUAUGAUAGCUAAAAAGUUACCUACGCAUACAACUGAAUAAAUAAAUAAAAAACAAAUUUAAAUAUCUGAAGCAAAAGUAUCUGGAAAAGAAAGACAAUAUGGGUCAAAAGAGCAGUGGAGCAGGUGCAAUUAAAUUUGAAUACUUCUUCGAAAUGGAUGAAAUAUUUGGACAGGAUCCUGACGUGCAGCCAGUAUCAGUUGCAUCUUCUUCACGAGGAAUUCAAUAUGCUUCCACGUCAUCGGUUGAAACUAAAGAAAAUUCAUCCAGCAACGAUGAAGAAAUUACGAAGAAAAAUGACAAGUUAAAAAUAAGAAAAAAAAGUAAAUUAGAAAAGCAACUAAGUACAUACGAACAAAAUUUUAAAGAACGAGAAGCUCAGAAAGAAAAACGUCAUAGUGAGUUAAUGACUCGACAAGAUGCAGCUCUAAAAAUUUUAGAAAAUAUUGCAAAUUCAUUAAUAAAUAUUAAAAAGUAAUUAUUUUGAUAAGG